ACAGCUGCCAGGGAGAUACGUUCACCUCCUGUCCAGGGGAGAGGACUGAAGCCGUUCAGCGAUUUGCCAGGAAAUUGGAAAACCAGCUGGUUUAAUCUAUAUCAAUUCUGGAAGGAUGAUGGUUUCCACAACCUUCAUAACAUUAUGGUGGACAAGUUCCAAACUUUUGGUCCUAUUUAUAGGGAGAAACUGGGCAGUUAUGAGAGUGUCAACAUUAUUGAUCCAAAAGAUGCUGCUAUCCUAUUCAAAUCUGAAGGGUUGUACCCGGAGAGAUUUACUGUACCCCCUUGGAUCGCCUAUCGGGACUUCCGUAACAAGCCUUGUGGGGUGCUCCUCAAGAAAGGAGACAGUUGGCGUCAGGACCGCCUGGCCCUGAACAGGGAAGCAAUGUCCCUCAAAAUUGUGGAUAACUUUGCUCCCCUCCUGAACGAAGUGGGGGAAGAUUUUGUCAAGAGAAUGCAGAUGAAGGUUGGCACCAGCCCGCAAGAUAAAUUGACAGCCGACCUCACCCAUGAGCUGUUCCGUUUUGCGUUGGAAUCUGUAUGCAAUGUCCUAUAUGGUACCCGCUUGGGACUUCUUCAGGAUUUCAUUGACCCUGAGGCACAGAGGUUCAUUGAUGCCAUCACCUUGAUGUUUAAUUCCACCGCACCAAUGUUGUACAUACCUCCAGAAUUUUUGCGCAGGAUCAAUUCCAAGUUUUGGCAGGACCAUGUGAAUGCUUGGGAUGUCAUCUUCAUGCAUGCGGACAAAUGUAUACAGAACAUCUACCAAGAUCUCUGUUUAAACCAGAAGAAUGCCAAAGAAUACCGAGGCAUUCUGUGCAGCCUUUUACUGCAGAACAAGAUGCCAAUUGAAGACAUCAAAGCCAACAUCACCGAGAUGAUGGCAGGAGGGGUGGACACGACUUCCAUGACACUCCAGUGGGCUCUGUAUGAACUUGCUCGCGUGCCACACCUUCAGGAACAACUACGGUCUGAAAUCUCUGCAGCCAGAGCAUCUUCUCAGGGAGAUGUUGUGAAAAUGAUGAAAUCCAUUCCACUCCUCAAAGCGGUUAUCAAAGAAACACUAAGGCUCCAUCCAGUUGCAGUGACGUUACAGAGAUAUACGACCCAAGAGAUUGCCCUUCAAAAUUACUGCAUCCCUGCCAAUACAUUAGUCCAGGUAGGACUUUAUGCAAUGUUUCGGGAUUCCAGAUUUUUCUCCAAACCUCUGCAGUUCAACCCAGAAAGGUGGCUUAAUACCGAGGACUCCAAAUAUUUCAGAGGGCUGAGUUUCGGCUUUGGGCCACGUCAGUGUCUUGGCCGUAGGAUUGCUGAGAUGGAGAUGCAACUGUUUUUGAUCCACAUGCUGGAAAAAUUCAAGAUUGAAAUGAAGAGGGGAGUGGAGGUCGGUACCACUUUCGGCCUUAUCCUGAUUCCAGACAAGCCAAUCUAUUUGACGCUACGGCCUCAUUAUUCCCAUCAAUGA